AUAAUGGGUUUAGGGGCUUAUCGGGAAUGAAGAGGCCGCUGCCGUGCGCUUAUCUCACUCGGCCACAUUGCGGCCUGUGUUCCGCUCCCCAUACUGAGGGAGCGCACUGGAUGCGGCGAGGAAUAACUCAGCUACACACACACACAUACACACACACACUGCUCCACAACUGGCAAGGAAAAAAAAAGAAAAACCUCAGACAUGGAUGACCCACUCACAAAAUGGCUCCACUUACACAGUAACAUCAACAACACGGCAGGAACGGACGUAGAGGACUCGAGCGAGUGGUGACGGUAUAAAAAUGAUGGAAAAACGGCAGCCGGAGCUUCGUCCGGGAAGUCCCGACGCAGAGUCCGGUCCUGGAAAGCGGGAGGACUCUUCCAUCAUCUCCAGACUAAACGGAUGCAAGGAGGAAGAGGAGCCGAGGAGAGAGGAGGGGGAGAAGGAGAGGGGAGGGAGCUUCAAGGGGGUUGAGGAGACGGAUGACGUUCCUCUGCAGAACUCGAGCAACGGGACCAGCAUCAGCAUCAUCAUCAACGGCGUUGCCAAGGAAACUGCCUCUCACAACGCCCUUGACCUGAAAAGGGAAGUGCCGGUGAUCGAGCUCUCCAGGAGGGACGCUAUAAAAGCGGUGGAGCAGAGGACUGAGAGCCAUUUGGUGCCGAUCACGGAACUUCGCAGACCUCCACCGCUGCCGCUGCCGCCGCCGCAACGAGACGACGCUCGAAUGGUCCAACUGAGCCCAAACGCGUUUCCUGUCCCGGCCCGGGCGAUGCUCUACAACCUGGCACAGCCUCUCGCCGCCAUCAACAGUCUCGGAGGGGAGUCGGAGCAGUACAGCAUGUACCCCAGCAACAGGGUAAAGCGCCGCCCGGCGCCUUAUGAGGUUGAACUCGACGAGGGUAGGCGCAUUUUAGAUCUUUAUAAGUAUGCUGGCCAGCCGAAGAUUGUACGCCGUAUCUUCACUAACAGUCGUGAACGUUGGCGGCAGCAGAACGUAAAUGGGGCGUUUGCGGAACUGCGCAAACUCAUCCCCACUCACCCCCCAGACAAGAAGCUGAGCAAGAAUGAGAUUCUGCGGCUCGCUAUGAAGUACAUCAGCUUCCUCUCAAACCUCCUCGAGGAUCAGGAUGGAGGGAGGAAUGUUGGCAGCACAACUGAUGGGGAAACAGGUCUGCUGGUUGGGGUCGGGGCCCAUGAGGGGGGCCCUCAGGGUGGACCACAUCAGGACACAGUGGUGGGCUUGGCCAGGGACGACCUUCUUGAGACAAUGUCUCCAGGCUCCAGUUGUGGAAGCCUGCCCGAUGGCGAUGGCGAGGGCAGUCCUGAAAGCUUUAUGGAGGACCAGGACUCACCUCCUGCUCCAAGGACUCUAACGGCUUCACGUGGGCCCCCUCUGCAUCUAGCUGCUAGGGAGCUCAGGCGCAAUGGCCGCUCUUUAGAUGGCUCCAGUCGCCGAUGAUGCUGAUGCCAACAGAACACGGACACAAAACCUGAGACUGAAAGAGGACAAUGAGAGGGACUAAGAAAGAGACGGAUAUGCUCAGGACCUUUUAGAGUCGUCAGUGUAGGAAAGAGAGUCAAACUCCAUGUAGUGAGAUCGUGGAGUACAGCCUGUCUCCACACCUGAGGCAGCACUGAUGAAUAUUGAUUGGUGUUGAAUUGUAUCCAACAAAAGACUUGUAAAUUCUGCAUGUCUCAUGUCUUUGACUGACCUGCGGAUAUAACUUUCAGUGUUUUGAAAGUCCAAAGACAGGAUACCCUAGAAUACAAUUUAAAAAAAAAAACAAGAAAGAAAGAAAAACAAGCAAACAAAACCAAACAAAAGAUCAAUCAAGAGACAAGCAAAGAUUCUUGAUGUGUAAAAUUGAAGGUUGGACCAAUGCUUCACUCCUGAUACUAUUGAUCACAAUGUGGUGUGGCCAGCAUAAAUCUGAGGUGCUUGCAGAAUGCUGCAAGUAAACGACCCAAAAGCAUCGAUAAAUAAACCCAAUUUAUGCCGAUUUAAUGUGUUAGAAUAAUGACACAUAUGUAAGUUUGCCUCAGUUGGAGGCCAUAAACGAAACGACUGGACUCCACUGUACCCAUGCAGUUAACGUAUGUAUUGUAAAUAGCAUUAAAUUUCCACUGCACAAUGUAACAACAGUGACUCGAGUUCAAGUCAUGUGGUUUAAGAUGUACUGUAGUGUGUUUGUCAGUGGGUUUACUAGCAAAAUGGUCUUUUGGGAGAUGAGGAAAGAGGAGAGAAAAGAGACGAGAUCAACUCAAAAUGUAAAGCAAGCGACUGAACCUAUAGUGCAUCAAAUGUGGUACCAUUUACUUCUGUUACACUUUGGUGAUGAGAAAAUGACACCAAAUACGGCAGCAGACAGUUUAACAAUUUCACUGCCUGGAAUAAAUAUUAUCUAUUUGAAUUUGCUGUGGAGGUACAAGACAUGCAGUGUUUCUUAUAGUGUACAAAAUAUGAGUCAUAUAAUAUCACGGACAUGACUCAUGCAGUCCUUUUGAUAUGAAUGUUUCAGUGUUUUUUGUUUUUUUUUAAACUGUAAUGCAGUUGUAGUUUAGUAAGGUACACAAAUAAAUCCCUUCAUUGCCGCAUUUCACAUAUAUGCAUACACACAUGCGCAUACACACACACACACACACACACACACACACAUACAUACAUACACACACACACACACAGAGCACAUACAGUGUUAAUAUCAUAACAACACCAGCAGUUUUUCGAUUAAUACAGUUAAGUAUUGCUCACUGUUGUUGGUUAUUCUGCUUUUUCAGCAGGACUUAGUAGCCUAUAUUGGUACCUUUGGUAACUAUGGUAUUUUAUGAAUUGCAGUAAGGGGACAUUGUACGUUUGGUAAUGACAUAUUUGUUGUAUUAUAGCUGUAUCUAUAAAUAUAUCCAAUGUUAAAUCAAUGAAUUUUAUACAAAAACCCUGAAUAAAACAUGCAGAGGAAAAAACUUGUAUUUGAUCGCAGUCGAGCAUGUUGUGGAUCUUAUUAAUGCAAGUCAGUUCAGUUCAGUUUAAUUAAUUUAAAUCAAAUUAAUUUCAAUUCAGUUCAGUGUAAUUCAAUUACAUUCAGUUCAAGUCAAGGCCGUAACCAUGGGACCAAAAAUGUCAGGGGGCUUGGGGUCCGCCUAUUUUUUUUUUUUUUUUUUAAUUUCAAAAUCAUUUAUUAUUAGCAAGUACAGCUACUUUCUACAUAUAUGACAUAAGCAGCGUAAAGUAAAUGAUUGACAACUUGCACAGAUUUCACACUGUAAUAAUACAAAUAACGUAAAAGAGACAUUAAUGUUAGUUGAUAACACCGAAGAGCACGAUUGUAUGUUGCAGAGUGAAUGUGUGAAUAAUUAACUGCAGGUAGCUAUGACUGCUAACAUUAGUGAUGGUUGAGUGGUUAGCACUCACAAAUGGGUAUAUUCCACUUCACUGACACUUACACUUUUUGGCAAAAUAUUAUUUAUUUCCACAAUUAAAGCUCUAGUGCCAAGUAAUGUAUUAAUGUAAAUGUUACCUUUUCAUGCAUGUCCUGACUGAUGCAAAGUGUAAUUGGUACCAUAUUAUAAUGAUAAAUUUUUCAUCAACAAUCAAUGGGAACAUUAACCAAACAAAUUAAAAAAAAACAAUCUCAUCCCGACUCGCCAAAUAUCACUGCUUGGUCAGUACCGUUCAUGUUGACAUUCUAUGCGUUAAGUACCCUCCUGCCUUUGUUAUGCCAUGCCAAUUUACACCCAUUAUAUGCAUUGUGUCCUUUCAAAAUACACUUCCAUUUCACAAGCAAUGUGCAGUGUCUUCUUUUUAGAUGCAUACAGUCUUUUUAAAAAUAAACUGACAAUGUCGGUAAAAC